AGAGAGAGAGAGAAUGUGUGUGUGUGUAAUUUGAUUUCAGUGGAUCAUGGAGCUUCGCUCAGACCGCGGUGUGUCGGACUCUCUUGCCCGCUCAGACGCGCCUCUCGCUCGGUCACUUCAGCUGAGGAGCGCCGCUGAUCGGAACUAACGCUGGAGGACCGGAUCGGUACCGAUGGCUGAUCCUCUGCGGAGGACAAUUCUAGCCAAACUCAGGGGCAAGAAACCCAAAGGGAAAGACGCGAACCGGGCGAGAGAAGGUAAAGAAAAAGUUUCUCAAACGCAGUCAGACAGAGAUUAUUAUUUAUCACGUGAGAUGAGAACCGGACCGGGGUCGCGAGAGCCGGACUCGCACCGGACCAGGGGCCCAGCUCCCGGGGUCUCGGAUCCAGCCGAACCGAAGCGCUUCCACACGAUCGGAGACUCGAUAGGCUUCGGCAGUUGCGAUACGAAACCCCAAACAGAGGCAUUAAAACCAACAGAUGGUCAAGAUCAGACGCGUAAACAAACAAACGUUACAUUACACGAGGAAAAGUCCGGGGAGAUCAGUAGCACGGGCGACCCGAAACCCCGCGAUAUGUUUGAUUAUUUAGACGGAAAUAUCCAGGAAAGCGAUUUAAUCCAAGUUUUACAGAGUGCGUUGGAAUAUCGCGGAGAUUUUAGGAUUCAAAGCCCGACUUUUUUCCCCACCGAGCUGGAACUAUCCGUGGCCCCCGGGGCCCCUCGACACCACUCGGUCGACAGCGAGGACGACGAUUAUUAUGAUAACCAAAUUCUGCCAUUUUACGAACCGUACGUUCAAAAUCACGCGAACGAGCGACACGUAGUUGAGAAAAUAACGAACAAAACCGCGCUCGAGACGACCCGACUGAAGUCGCAGUUAAAAGAAGCGUAUUAUCUGCUGCUAAACAUCAGCUUCGACGGUCCGGUUGAGGAUAACGUUAACGGGUUCGUGGAGGACGACAGCAGUUCGAGUAGCCUUAGCUCGGGUGUAUCUAGCGGGCGCUUCUUUACGGUUCUCGGUUUAACGGAGAGCAGAAGUUUGGAGAAUAUUCUGAAGACCGGGAGUGAACCGGUUCUCCAGCGCUCGGUGAGCGAUAGCCGGGUCACGUACUCGUUACGAAGCGCGGAUCCUCCGGUUGAAUCGGUUCACGAACUGGUCUCCCCGAACCCUACGGGAGUCCCCACGACAACACCGGGCACGCGCCGGUGCCGCGACGGUCCCGCGCACAAACACCCGGGAGUGACCGUGAACAAGAUGCAGGAGUGGAUGCAGAAAGGGCGCGUGCUCUCGACCGAGAUGAAGCACCGGAUCGCGGGAUCCUCCGUGAGGCCGAAAGCAGCACCGAUGGAGUGUGUCGCCGGGUCGUCAGGUGUGUAUCCGCGAGACCUGUUUGCACCGUUCAACCACAUCACUGUCUCCAAAAAGCGCAACUGGCUCCAGCAGAGCGUUCUCAGGCCCCGGCUAGCCGACGACAACGACGCCGACGACGAGGGCGAGAUUUGGUACAACCCUAUUCCUGAGGACGAAGAGCCCGACUGCGUUCCCACCAUCAGGGUGUCUCACACGGGUCCUGUGGUCGACGGCGACGGCGAAAAACCGACACUCACGUGCAAAACGCAGGAGGAGAACCUCACCGUCAGAGCGACAGAUCCUUCAGAGCAAUCAGCUGGUGGACUUUCUCCCUCUUCUAGUCCAAACCCAGCUAAAAGGAGCACAGCUAUCAACUGGUCUUUCCCCGAUAAAAUCAAGUCACCACGGACUGUCCGGAAACUUUCUAUGAAGAUGAAGAAACUGCCCGAUCUUAGUCGGAAGCUUAGCGUUAAAGGGAACCCUAGCAAUGUGUCCAUCAGCAACAGCCAAUCAGAACCAAGGGCUCACUCACCUAGAGCCAAUGGGAUUGCAGAACUGGGCCAGUCCCGGCCCAGGCUGUCUCCGUCGGGUGUUACGACUGCAUUGGCGAGUGGUAAUGUGAUUUGGCGGUACCAUCUCGACAGCAGUGUUUCUACUCAGCACAACUUUGAUAAAAGGAGGAGCAACUGUGGCGGCAUUCCCAAAUCGGCAAGUAAGGGAGGUUACCUAAGUGACGGAGACUCGCCUGAACUUGUGGCCAAGUCGGGGAAACACGGGAACUCUGAACGAAAGAACUGUAAAGCCCGAGAUCCCAAUGGGAAUGGCGGAAGUCCGAAGCUCCCCGGCACCGAGUUGGAUAUCGAUGCCUUCCGAUCGUACAGUUUCUCCGAGCAGCCGAAGUGCCUAACCUUCAUCUCUGGACUAAUGAGUUUGCACUUCUACGGUGCAGAGGACUUGAAGCCACCACGGGUCGAUUCCCGCAAUGUUUACUGUGCCAUUCAGGUGGACUCUGUCAACAAAGCUCGGACGGCUUUGCUUACCUGUCGCACGGCCUUUCUAGACAUGGACCACACCUUUAACAUUGAGUUGGAGAAUGCCCAGCACCUCAAGCUUGUGGUCUUCAGUUGGGAAUCAACCCCACGACGGAACCGGGUGUGCUGCCAUGGAUCCGUGAUUCUCCCGGCGUUGUUUCGUGUGAGUAAGACACACCAGCUCGCGGUCCGUCUGGAACCGCGCGGGAUGAUCUACGUCAAGCUGAGUCUCAUGGAGCAGAGGCAGAACUCCCUCGAUGGCCCGGAGGGGGAUCACGAAACGCAGGUUUUCGGCGUAGAGGCUCGGCGCGUGGUGGAACGGGAAGCUUCUGGAUUAAUGGUUCCACUGCUUAUCGAGAAAUGCAUCUCUGAGAUCGAGAGGAGGGGUUGUCAGGUGGUGGGUCUGUAUCGUCUCUGUGGUUCGGCUGCGGUGAAGAAGGAGCUCCGGGAAGCGUUCGAGAGGGACAGUCACAGCGUCGAGCUCUCGGAAAACAACUACCCGGAUAUCAACGUCAUCACAGGCGUGCUGAAGGAUUUUCUGCGAGAGCUUCCUCGUCCUCUGAUUACUCCGCCGCUGUACGAGUCGGUUCUGGAGGCGAUGUCGAAGCGGCCGCUGCUGAUGGGAAGCGGCGUGUGUGAGAACGACCUGCUCGACACGGAUCACGCCGUCAGCCUGAUGGAGAUCCUGCCCGACGUGGAGAAGGCGACCCUGCGUAAGCUCCUGGAUCACCUGAAGCGCGUGGCGUCUCAUCACGAGGUGAAUAAGAUGACCUGCCAGAACCUGGCGGUGUGUUUCGGACCGGUUCUGCUCAGCCAGCGGCAAGAGGCGUCGUGUCACGGGAACCGGGUCUUCAUCGACUCCGAGGAGCUGGCCAGCGCUCUGCACUUCAAGAAGCACAUCGAGGUGCUGCACUAUCUGCUCCAGCUCUGGCCCGUUGUGGACGCUCAGGGUAAAUCUUCAUCUCCGGUUCCUGCCCUGAUGGAGUCGCUCCCAGUGGUGACGGCUGCCGUAAGGAGGAGGAAAGAGCGUCCACAGGUGUUGAAUUUAACUGAGGCGGACAUGGCUGGAGUUUUGCGACCCAGACCUGGACGUCUGGACAGUCCCAGUAACCGCUACGCCGGGGACUGGAGCCGAUGCCGGGAAACUUACCUCCAACCGAGCUGCCUGGAGGAGGCCGACUAUGACGACGUUCCCAGCGAAGAGCCUCCGAACGUGGGACAGGAGGAUUUACCGAAGGGUACUGAAGAUGUGGUCCCUGAACAAGAGUUUCCCGAGGUGGAUGAGGCAAUGGAGAGGGUUGAGGAAAUGCAGAUAGAGGAGGAAUUGAGUGAGGAAGAGGAUACACGAGAGUUGGAUAGGCUACAAGUAGAGGAACCUCUACCUAUCAGCCCCUGCGAUCAGAUCCUCCCCGAUUACGAGGAGCACAGACCCAAAGAGCACACCUACCAGGCCUACAUGAAGAUCCAGGAGAUCAGCCCAGUACUAAGCAACAGGGUCAACCUACGGGACUUGCAGGAGAGCAUCGACACUCUCAUUGGCAACCUGGAGAGGGAGCUCAACAAGAAUAAGCUCAACGUUGGUUAUUGACUCUUUACCAGCACAGUGGACAUAUGGUGGUGAUUCCCUACAGACUUAAGCGGUAUGGUACGUUCUCGCUCCCAUGCACACUUGGGAUGCAUGUACAAGAAGACAUUCCUCACUUCUGAUUUGUGUUUUUGUUUGUCUCCGGGUCUCCAUGUUGUUGAUCGUGUUAUUGUUUUUCUUCUUAUGAGAAGAACUCAUUGAACCCCGAGGGGUGCGCCAGGUGCCUUCAUUGUGUCAAGGUGGUGCUUACGACAGCGAGAGCUUUUUACUUUCUAAAGAGGUACAAAACAUUAUGAUGAAAACCAAUGCACUUAUAGGGCCUGCUGUUAGAGGCACGGCUAGUUCAGGUACAGGUGUAAAGCCUUACGGUGGGAGAACUAGGUACUACAGAUAAAUCCCAGAUCCUAAACCAGGGGAACUCACUCCUGCUCAUGGUGGUCCGACUUCCUGGAGACUUUAGUUCCAAACCUCCAAACACACUUGAACCAGCUAAUCAAGGUCUUUGGGGGUUCACUUAAAGAGGUAGAUCACCAGGAGCGGGAAUGAACACCCUACCCUAACCCUAUACCAGAUAUCUCAAAUGCAAAUUACCUAGUUAGGUGGUUUGAACGAGUAGUUUGAGAUCACUGUACUCUACUUCCUAAGCUAUGAGUGUUUUAUCCUAACCUUAUCCUAAACCAGGAGAGUCCAGUCUUGCUCUUGGAAGGCUACCUUCAGCUCCAGUUCUAACGAAAGGAAGUAAAUUCUGUCAUCAUUUACUCACCGCAUGUUAUUCCAAAUCCAUAAGACUUUUAUCAGCAAACAUAAACAAAGCUUAACUGUACUUGCUUGACGCAUGAGAACAAACCUCAUUGGUUCUUGCGUGUCUCCUCAGAAGGCUUGGAUUAAAAAACGCAGUUAAUGUGGAUUUAUUUUACAAUUUCUUUUUAUAAUUGUUUUGAAACGUAGGAGUUUUUAGGUCAAUACUUUCAAUGGAGGGACAGUCUUAUGGGAUUGUAACACAAUGGGGGUGAUUUAUUGAUGACAGAAUUCUCAAAUGCAAAUUACCCAGCGAGGUGGUGUUAGCUCGUUGUUUGAGAGCCCUGCGCCUUAGUCCCUCUACCCUGAAUGUCAUAUCCGAACCCUAAUUCUGUUAACCCUAAACCAGGGGUGUUCAGUCCUGCUCCUGGAGAUCUUGCAACCUGUAGACUUAAGCACACUUUAAUGAGCUCAUUGGGGAUCACAUGAAGAGGUAGAUCUCCUUGAGCGGGAUCGAGCCCCCAAACCUCAACCCAAUGAUCCUGAACAAAUUCUCUAGCGAGGUGGUGUUAGCCAGUUGUUUGAGAUCCCUGCGCACUAGACCCUCAACUCGGAAUGUCAAAUCCGAAGCCUAGCCUGUUCUAGAGGUGUUCAGUCCUGCUCCUGGAGAUCUUGCUUUCUAUAGACUUAAGUUCCAACCCUCCAAUCACACUUUAACCAGUUAAUUGGGGAUCACAUAAAAAGGUUGAUCACCAGGGGCGGGAUUGAGCACAAUCUUGAACUCUACAUCAAGGGUCUUGAAUGCAAAUUACCUAGCAAGGUGGUGUUAACUAGUUAUUUGAGAUCCCUGCGCCCUAGACCCUCAACUCUGAAUGUCAUAUCCGAAGCCGAAUCCUUUUCAUACACUCUAAACCAGGGUUGUUCAGUCCUACUCCUGGAGAUCUUGCUACCCGUAGACUUAAGUUUCAGCCAUCCAAACAGACUUCAACUUGCUCAUUGGGGAUCACAUAAAGAGGUAGAUCUCCUUGAGAGGGAUUGAGCCCCCAAACCUCAACCCAAUGAUCCUAAACUUUGCAUCAGGAGUCUUGAAUGCAAAUUACCUAGCAAGGUGGUGUUAGCUAGUUGUUUGAGAUCCCUGCGCCCUAGACCCUCAACUCUGAAUGUCAUAUCCGAAGCCGAAUCCUUUUCUUACACUCUAAACCAGGGGUGUUCAGUCCUACUCCUGGAGAUCUUGUUACCCAUUGGACUUAAGUUUCGGCCAUCCAAUCAGACUUCAACUUGCUCAUUGGGGAUCACAUAAAGAGGUAGAUCUCCUUGAGAGGGAUUGAGCCCCCAAACCUCAACUCAAUGAUCCUGAACUUUGCAUCAAGUCUUGAAUGCAAAUUACCUAGCGAGGUGGUGUUAGCUAGUUGUUUGAAAUCCCUGCUCCCUAGACCCUCAAUUCGGUAUGUCAUAUCCAAAGCCUAGCCUGUUCUAGAGGUGUUCAGUCCUUCUCCUGGAAGUCUUGCUUUCUAUAGACUUAGGUUCCAACCCUCCAAUCACACUUUAACCAGCUAAUUGGGGAUCACUUAAAGAGGUAGAUCACCAGGAGCGGGAUUGAUCGCAAUCUUGAACUCUACGUCAAGGGUCUCGAAUGCAAAUUACCUAGCGAGGUGGUGUUAGCUAGUUGUUUGAGAUCCCUGCGCCCUACACCCUCAAUUCGGUAUGUCAUAUCCGAAGCCUACCCUGUUCAAGAGGUGUUCAGUCCUGCUCCUGGAAGUCUUGCUUUCUAUAGACUUAAGUUCCAACCCUCCAAUCACAAUUUAACCAGGUAAUUGGGGAUCCUUUAAAGAGGUAGAUCACCAGGAGCGGGAUAGAGCACCCAAACCUCAACCAAAUGAUCCUGAACUCUGCAUCAGAGGCCUCGAACACAAAUUACCUUACUGAGAUGGUGUUAGCCAAUAGUUUGAGAUCCCUGCACCUUACUUUCUAAUCUGUGGAUGUUACAUCCUAACCCUACCCUGUUCUAACACUUACACCCUAAACCAGAGGUGUUCAGUCCUCCUCCUGAAAGGCCACCUUCAUCUCCAGCUCUAAUCUUUUAACUUUCAGGUAGAUGUUUUGGAGUUAAACUUUGCUGGAAGGUGGCUCUCUAAGAGCAGUCGCAGACACCGAACACCCUUUCAUUCAGGGAGCGACUAACGCUGCUGUUCUAGUUGAGGUUUCAGUCAUCUGACAUAAAAACAGCAGCUGUUUGAGUUUUUUUUCCUUGUAAAAUUACUUCAAACAUCCUGCUUAAGAAGCUACAGACAGCGGAAAAUGAAUAUGCUUGUAGUAAAUAGUAAAUUUUAUAUUUAAUAAUAGUUAGGCAGAACUUUAGUGAUGAAAUUUUUAAAAAAUAACUUAAAUUGCUGAUGUUUAUGGGCUAAACACUAAAUUUAACUUAAAUUAAAAGGGCAAUCUAAAUAGCCUCUGUGAUAUUCAUGGUAACAUGAUAACACCAUGACGAUAGCAGUCCCACUUUUGAUCUUUAUAUUUGUAAAUGCAUCCUUCUCGGCAGUCCAGGGAUUUACAAACUCAUCAGUAUUUGACAGACACAUGUAUGUAUAUAGGAAUAUAGUUGGAAUAUGUAUUUUCGAUGACGUACACUUCGGUUUGUGCAUAUUUAAAUGUUCGUCAGCUACCUUGUAGUAUUUGGCCUGUAGAUCAGCCUUAAAUACAUAUAUAUAUAUAUUGUCGGGUCUAUGUAAUGAUAUAACCCACAGUCACAGAAUGAGUAUGGAUUUUGAGUAUUUUAUGGUCACGAAAGUGCAGGAAAUUUGAGCAUUGCAUGGUCAAAAGCUUUACGGUCAAAAAUUAAGUGUUUCUCAGUGUAUCCUACAAUGGGAUGUAUUUAUGCGUGUAGAUAGAGAUCAUUUUAAUUACAGUGAAAUUCUAUAUAUUUUUUUUCCAUUUGGCAGCUGCUCACAUUUAUGGCUCGGUUGUAAAUUUGCAGUUCUUGUGAAUCCGAGACUGAAUCUCGUUUUCUGAUUGUGCUUCUCGUCUGACAGUGGUUUCCACAGAUUGAAAUGCUACAGUCUGCCUGGAAAUCUCAUUCUAAAAGAUAUAAAUAAAGGAUGUGUUACACAGAAAAUAAAUUCUCAGAUGUUUCCCACGUCACCAAAUCCAGCGAAUAAAAGCAGUCGACUGGAGGUUUGUUCGGUGGGCGUGGUCUCAGUUUUCUCUCAGUAAGUCGGUCACACUAGAUUUUAAGUAUGCGAAAGUAUGAAAAAAUAAUACAUACUUGUUUUGCUAUAUAAAUUGGAUAUGAUGCCUUGCAUAUGGACUUCUCAUUUGAAUAAUAAAUAUAAUGCUAAAUUCAGAAUGUUAACCAUCUACUCCAGAUUGCAGUUUUCAGUAUGCAUGCUUUUAAAUGUGUAUUGAUGCAAAUCCAGUGUGGCCGCACCUUUAGAGUGUUUAAUCUGGUUUCCUGACCGAUCCAUGGUCAGCAAGAAGGAAACGUGUUAGCUGCUUUGAUAAAAACAUUCCUGUUUUUCUCCUUCGUCUCUGCUGCGGUUUUUGUAAAAGUUUGGUUGUGCUAAGAUGAACGCUCGACUAAAGCAGAUAUUAUUUGUACUGAUAUUAAGAAGUAUGAUCACAUUAAAGUCUUUUUCAUGCAGCC